GUCUCUCAAUCUCUCUCUCUCUCUCCAAAAAAGCACCAAAACCCUUCAAAGAUUCCCUUAAAACACAAUCCAACACUACAAUCUAAGUAGGCUCUAAAACUUCACCACGCAAAUGUCCCGCCACAACUCGUCCUCCGCUUUUCCUUCUUGCUUCCGCCCCUCCACCUCGACGAACCGCCGCCUCCCACCACCGUCUCCGUCGCCUUCUCCGCCGCCCAGCUCCGGGCACCCCAACCUCACCACCUGUCUCUACCACACCGACCUCGCCCUCUUCUCCCUCACCUGGUCCCGCUCCUUCCUCGGCCGCUCCCUCCACCUCAACCUCCUCCGCCACUCCUUCGAUUCCCCCCUCCCUCCGUCGCUAUCCUCCCCUUCUUUCCACCUCAACAUCAAGCCAUUCCUCUUCUGGAAGAGGCACGGCUCCAAGAAGCUCUCCCCCAACAUUCUCCUCUACUGGGACCUCUCCAAAGCCCGGUUCGGCUCCGGACCCGAACCCCAAUCCGGGUUCUACAUCGCCGUCGUCGUCGACAACGAGAUGACCCUCCUCGUCGGCGAUUUGACCCGCGAAGCCUAUGCCAAGACCCGGGCCAACAAAUCAGAGACCUCUCAAAUCCCAAUCUUGAAACGAGAGCACGUCGUUGCCAAGAAAAUCUACACCACGAAAGCCCGGUUCGGAGGAAAAUUGCGGGAGAUCCAAAUCGAUUGCGGGUCGAGCGCCGACCCGACCCGGCUUUGCUUCAGCAUCGACGGCCAAAUUGUCCUGCAGAUAAAGCGGUUGAAGUGGAAAUUCAGAGGGAACGAGCGAAUCGAAGUCGACGGGACUCCGCUGCAGAUCUCGUGGGACGUCUACAACUGGCUUUUCGAGAGCGACGGCGACGACGGCCACGCGGUGUUCAUGUUCAGAUUCGAAGAAGAUGAGGAGAUUAAAGAGAACAAUUACCAAUCGGGUCAUCUGAAUUCGUGGAAUUUCGGGAUGAGCGGGAUUGAGUGGCGAAAGAUGGGGAAGAGCUUCUCAUCUUCGUCGGUAUCGAUGUCGUCGGCGGGUUCUUCCGGCGGAAGCUCGUCGGUGAUGGAGUGGGCGAGUACGGAGGAGAGCGAGCUGAACGGCGGUCCUGCUGGUUUUUCUCUGCAGAUUUAUGCUUGGAAAAGCGCAGAAUUAAGAACAAAAAGCCUUAAGCUUUAAGAUUCUGACAUCUGGUGGUGGAGAAAUUUUUACUUGUGACGGAAACACGGGUGGUACAUCAUGUGUUUUUAUGUAAGUGGUGAAAAUUUGUAUUUUUUAAGUUAUUAACUUUUUAAUACAUAUAUCCCACCAUUUAUAUAGUGAUACGUAAUGUAUCAUCUCGUGUAACGUUCACAUUAAAAAAUCUCUCCUGGUCAUGAGCUGUGAGAUUUUGUUUGCAACUAUGGUAGAGUAGUUCAGAUGAAAUUUUCCAAAGUUUGCGACACUGGACAAGUUGCUUGUAAUUUAUUUAUUUAUAUUUCUACUAUUUAGUCUA